UAUAUUUAUGGAUAAAAGAUGCAUGGGAAAAAAUUGAUACAAAUUUAAUUCGUAGAUCAUUCAAAUGUUGUGGCAUUUCAGUUAAAACUGAUGGUUCCAAAGAUGAUAUGAUUUUUAACUAUGAUAGUCUUAUAGUAGAUAAAGAAAAUAAGAAAAAUAAUGAAUUAAUUAGAGAUAACGAAUUUAGAAAGAAAGAAUUUAGAGAGGAGGAUUACAAUAAUUGGGAUGAUAUUAACUUUGCUAAUGUUUAA